AUGCUGUUCGAAGAUUUCGCCAAUCUCGAUUUAUUCGCUGAAGACGAGCCACCAUCCGAUUCGUAUUCGAGGCCAUGCAAAACCUUUAUCAAAUGGUGUAAGCUGCCAUCCGAUGUUCAACAAUGCGUGAUUUCUCGGAUGGACUUUUUUACAAGAUAUUCUUUAUCGAAGUGCUCGAAGAAAAUGCACAUCCUUGAAAAGGGUCCGCCUAUUAAAAUCGAUGCAAUUGAAAUCAAUGAUUCGGAAAGAUUUUAUUGCUAUGAUUGUGAUAGUGAUAGCAAGGCGGAUUGGGAUAUCGAAGCCUCCGAAAUCAAGAAAAUCAACUGUAAAUCGUUCCGCUACGCAUUUGCCAAUCGCCAGAGGCUCUUAUAUGCAUUGAAUAUGCUCGCCGAGCAGGUCGAUCGACUGGAAUUGCUAGACACCGAUCAAGAUGAGAAUUUUUCUUAUCGAACUACCGUGACUCCAGAUAUUUUAAGCCACUCGCAAAUUCAAAAUGCCAAACGAUUCUACUUUUGGGCAAAUUGUAAUUUCACCGAAGAGCUCUUUUUGAGUUUAAAGGCCGCCCAAAUGACAUUCUUUUCUUCAACAAUUCAUAAUGAAGCGAUUAAUAAGUUUAUAAAGAAAUGGAUUAAAGGUGACGGUCCGAAGGAAUUCGUCAAACUGAGCAUUUGGUACCGAAACUCAUUCAAUAAAAAUGAGAUCCUCAAAGGAAUUUUUUAUCGGAAUUGGGAUGAUGAUUUUAAAAAAGAAGCUGGCGGAUUCUGUGCAGACUUUGACCGCGUCAUGGGCGGCCGAGAUUGCGCUCAAAUAAUGCACAAUAAUGGGAAACAGUCGGCGACGCUGAGAAUUUCCGAUGACAGUAUACUCUUCAUUGUCACUGGACACUACUUGGAGAAGUACAAAUGCUUCUGCUACAGUAUUCCAUAG